AUGCAUUCAAAACUAGUCACAGGCCACACCGCAGCCAUCUAUGCUGCGCGCGCAGACUUGAACCCCGUCAUGUACGAGGGUUUCAUGGCUCUUGGUAUCGCAGCAGGUGGUCAAUUGACCACCACUGACGAGGUCGAGAACUUCCCCGGUUUUACCAAGAUUGGGGGUGGGAAGCUCAUGGAGCAAAUGCGCGAACAGUCUGAAGCCUGCGGCACCGAAAUCAUCUCUCAGACCGUCGCAAAGGUUGACCUGAAGUCGCGACCCUUCAAGUACUGGUUACAUCCCAUGGGCGACGAGGAGGAGAUUGAGGAGGAGGAACACACUGCCGAUGCCCUGAUCAUUGCUACUGGCGCAAAGGCUAGGCGGUUAGAUCUCAAGGGGGAAGACAAAUACUGGGGCAACGGUGUCUCCGCAUGCGCCGUCUGCGACGGCUCGCUCCCCAUGUUCCGCGAUCAGCCCCUGGUUGUUAUCGGAGGUGGUGACUCGGCGGUAGAGGAGGCCUUGUACCUCACCAAGAAGGCCAAGAAGGUCACCGUCCUCAUCGACAUCAUGUACAACACUAGCGCGAGCGAGAUCAAGGGCGAGGAGAAGAAGAACGGUCUCAUGACACACCUGGUAGUCAAGAACAACAUUACCAAGGAGGAGCAGACCAUCGAGGCCAAGGGUCUCUUCUACGCAGUUGGACACGACCCCGCCACCGCGCUGUUUAAGGACCAGCUCGACAUGGACGAGGAUGGCUACCUCAUCACCAAGCCCGGCGAGGGUCUUACGAGCGUCGAGGGUGUCUUCGCUGCGGGUGAUGUCCAAGACAAGCGGUAUCGCCAGGCUAUCACCAGUGCGGGAUCUGGCUGCAUUGCUGCCCUCGAGGCGGAGAAGUGGCUUGCUGAGAAAGACGACAGCGUAGGCAACGAGCUCGAGACUGAGAACCAGGCCGAGAAGUCGCAGACCAACGGCGUUGUGCCAGAGUACCGCUCCAACCCUCUCCUAUAGAGCGUGCGUGUCCACAUCAUUAUACUGUUGGACCACGUUUGGGCAGUUUCUGGUAUACUUGGCACGAGCAUAGACAUUUCAUUGCUUAUCGUAUACUCGGAGGGCAUGGGAAAAGACCUUUGGCCAAAUGGCUUUGCAGGCGUAUAUUGCAUAGAAUCUUGAGCGGCUAAUUUAGGUUUUUAGAUAGGGUAGAUACCUGGCAAGCAACGCAAGGCUUCUGAAGUGGA